GAGUUAAGAAGGAGAUCGAUAAUGGUUUGUGCUCAAGUUUUGAAAUGGAUUUUAAAGCUUUCAUAAUUGAUUCGACGAUAAAAUAUGUGAUAAACAUUUAUAAAGAUCAAACUAGAUAGCAUCCCAACAUAAAUUCGUAAAUUUUUUCUUGACAAACUUAUUUUGUAGCCAUUUCGGUUCUCAUCGAAUUGUUCAAAUAUUUGAAUCCAUGAAAAAUUUGUCAAGUUUUGCAAUGCGUCACAUAAAAUUAAAGUAAUGGUGUAAUACUUUUUCCUUUGUCAAUAGUAAUGGUGUAAUACUAGUACUAGAUUGUGAAAUGUUUAAUACAAUAAGGUAGGGGUGGCUAUACGGUCCGGUUAAAUUUGACCAAAUUGAUCCGGUCCCAGUCCGGUCUUUUCGGGAAUAUAAGGACCAAAGAUUGGAUUGGAUACAGUCCGGUCUUGAUCCGGUCUGGUCUUGACCCGGUCCGGUCCCAAUUUUAUCUUGAUUUUAGGUGUUGGGAGUCUCUUAUCCGGUCUUUAUCCGGUUUUUUACCUCAAAUCUAAGCCCGAAUAUGAGAUUGCAUUGAUUGCUAUCCGGUUCCAGUCCGGUCCCAAUCCGGGUUAUACGGUCCGGUUUCGGGUAAAACCAAACAGUCCGGGACCAAAUAGCCAGCCCUACAAUAAGUCCCUUAAAUAUAUUUUUUAGUGGGCUCCAAAUGACACUAUCAAAGCAAAAAGGAGAGUCAAGAAGUCAAAACCCUCAUGGUUUCCUAAACGGUGCGUCGCCUAGCGUUUUAGUGUUAAUUUAACUCCAAGUUGAGAAAAUUAAUGAUGUACAAAAGAGGUAAAGCUGUCUAGUUUUGUGGAAAAUAGUGGGUUAGGCGGGAAGUCAUUUCGCGAUAUCCCAAAAAAAAUAACACAAGUUGGCUGUUUAAUAAGAGAUUAAAAGGGCGAUAUAAUUGGAGGACCACAGUUGAAAAAUGCCCAAAAUAGUUACAUGAACCAACAAGAAAUAACAAAUUCGGAACUUAAGAUGAACAAUCAUGUUUAUUUUAUUGUUUGGUAAUAACAAAACAAGGAAACAGCAUUAAGGUUAUUUAUUUAUCGUAAAUAUUGAUUAUCACAUGUAAAUAAAUAAAAUCGUAAAAAAGUUUAUAAAUAUUUGUGAAAAUCAAUUAUAUAUGAUUUAUUUGUUUGUUAAAUAUUUCUUAAACGUAUUUCAUUAACAUUCAGAACUUCAUCCAAUAACUAUUAUGCGAAUUCUAGCUUAUAUCGACAAAUUUAUUGUACACAUCGGUAUCAAGUCUCAAACAACCCCACUUGGGCUUUGCUCAUUAUACCCCCAACAACAUCCAAAUCGAUAAUGUACCAAAAAUAUGUUAUUCAUUAAAAAUCAGUAUUGUGUUAAAUUUGCGUUUUGGUCACGACUCACGACUGACAGUGGGGAAGCCAAUUUGUAAAGGCGAGAGAGGUUGGUUUGGGAUUCGAUCCGUAAAUAUAUAAAAUUCAUUUAUUUAUCAUCAUCAGUCCCCAUCGGAUUUCGUUAUUCAUCUCCAAGGCCACAUAUAAAACAUUACCCGCUGCCCAAAUUUCGAAAAGAAAAGGGGUGAAAAAGCCGGGCGAGCGACGGCAGCGGUAACGGCGGCGGAUUUCUUGUAGCAGAGCAAAACAAUUUUCAACGCGCUCAACAACACACCACGACUACGAACAACUCCGACGACGACCGCUACUAACUUUCCGCCACUGUAGCUGACCGAAAACUUCUCUUCAUCCUCUCUUUCCCCCGAAGGUACAAUCUCUCUCUUUCCCGCUCGCCGGCGGCCUCUCAUCUGUACGGAAGGUAGCCGUCUCGGAUUCCGAUUUCGAGAGACGUGCGAGGUUUUUUUUUCUCUGCUUCGGCGUUUGUUUCGUAGAAUGCUUUCACUAUGAGAUCUGGAAACGAUGGCGGAAAUGAGUGUUUGGUUAGACGGAAAGGACGCUGUGAUAACAGCUGCUAUGCCGAUUCAGUUCCGUUUACGUGUUAUUUAUUGGAUUUUUACUUAUUUUUGUUCAUUGCCUUGUUGACUUCUUGUAGUUUCUCAUCUCUUUUGCGUUUCGUUUGCUAGCUUGUUUUGGAGGUUUUGGAUUCUGGAAAUUGUUGCUUACGGUAACGUCAAAUUGGUAUAUAGUGAUUAGUGAUCUCCUUCCUGUGUUCUGAUUUCAUCAGGAUUUGUUUUAGUUUCAGAGCCAUCUCUGCUCGUUAAUGAGGUGCUCAAUUUUUCUCAUGGGAGAUUUUGCUGUUACAGGAUUUUUUUUCGGUUUGAUCUUUUCCGAAGUUCCUGAUAGGACUAGAUUGCUUUCCUUUUUUGGUCCGUCUUGGGUUUAUCUGUUGACUUUAUGAGUUCUUUACGCCAUUGAUUUCUGAUGGUAUACAAUAGUGAAUAGUUGAUCAUUAAUGGAGGGUGUAGAUUGUGAAUAUUUUUGGUCCUAAGAGUUUUGAUUGUUAGAAAGAAAUGGAAGAAUAUCGAUAAUGGUGGAUUCUUCUGUGUUUCUUUCCCCGUUUUGAUUUGAUUCAAAGACGUUGGAGUUAUGUUUUGUGGUUUCUUUACUUGUUUUCGUGUGGAGAUCGCAUUGUUAUGUGGAGCGUGCAACAAAGCUGGAUUUGGUUGGUGUUUGAUCAUUAACAGCUGAAAUUCCUCUGUUUUGUAUUGACAGGUUGAAGGGAACAGUGGCGUUCAAGGGUUAUGAGAUCUGAUUGUUGAGAGGAACUGGUUAUCUUUCAGGCAUUAUGCAUGUCUGAUCCAGUGGCCACCGUGGUUGAUGUGGCAAGAGGACUGAAUUUGGCUGACAGAACAAAAUCAAUUGAUGCAAUAUCCAGCAGAGACUUCUCAUCUCUAUCUGUCAACGGGGAAGUACUCCACAGCUUCUCUGAGAGCGCCUCGUUUAGAAUCGGUGAGCUGUUCCUCACCAACGGGGAAUCUUAUUUCGGUUCACUGCUGGGAAAUGUACCGGAGGGUAAGGGCAAGUAUGUAUGGUCAGAUGGCUGUAUCUAUGAAGGCGAAUGGAGACGUGGGAUAAGGAGUGGGGUUGGGAAAAUCCAGUGGCCUUCCGGAGCAGCCUAUGAAGGUGAAUUCUCAGGUGGUUAUAUGCAUGGUGCUGGUAGCUACAUAGGUGCAAAUAACAUUACAUACCGAGGGAGAUGGCGGUUGAAUGUCAAGCAUGGGUUGGGCUACCAAGUUUACCCUAAUGGAGAUGUCUUCGAAGGUUCUUGGCUACAAGGAACGCCAGAAGGACCCGGGAAGUACAGCUGGGCUAAUGGAAACGUCUAUAUGGGGAACAUGAAAGGAGGGAAGAUGACAGGGAAAGGGACUUUCACUUGGGUGAAUGGGGAUUCAUUUGAAGGAAGCUGGUUAAAUGGUAUGAUGCAUGGAUUUGGAGUGUAUACGUGGGAUGAUGGUGGUUGCUAUGUUGGCACUUGGAGUCAUGGUGUGAAGGAUGGGAAAGGAUCGUUUUACCCCAGUGGCAGUCGGUUUCCUUCAGUACAAGAACGAUACCUCAAUGCACUUAGGAAAAGAGGGCUGCUGCCAGAUAUGAGAAAGCAGAACCAAGCACAUAUACAUCAUGCUUCCUCAGUGGACAUGGGGACUAUGAAGGUUGGUAGAGAUCAAAGGUCCCAUCGUGAUUCGUCUGGUAAUUUAUCCAAGGGAAGCUUGAUGAGCUUGCAGCAGCAAUCUCAUAACAAAAAUGUGUCGUUAGAAAGACGGUGGAGUCUCGAGGUAUCGAUUGAAAAGGUGAUUGGACAUGAUUCAUCGCUCGAGCCAUCUGAAUUUGAUGGAGCUGGCCUUCCCCCGAUCCUGGAAAGAGAAUAUAUGCAAGGUGUUCUGAUUAGUGAGAUUGUACUGAAUGAUAACUUUUCAUCAAUGUCCAGAAGGGCAAAACGAAGGCAAAAGAAGAUUGUUAGGGAGAUCAAGCGGCCUGGUGAAACUAUACUUAAAGGGCACCGUAGUUAUGAUUUGAUGCUGAGUUUGCAGCUUGGUAUCAGGUAUACAGUAGGGAAGAUUACGCCUGUACACAAACGAGAAGUCCGCGCAUCGGAUUUUGGUCCAAGGGCGAGUUUUUGGAUGCAGUUCCCCAAGGAUGGAUCUCAGUUGACACCUCCACAUCAUUCAGAGGAUUUUAAGUGGAAGGACUACUGCCCUAUGGUUUUUAGGAAUCUGAGGGAGAUGUUCAAGAUCGAUGCUGCCGAUUACAUGAUGUCUAUAUGUGGCAAUGAUGGUCUUAGGGAACUCUCUUCUCCGGGGAAAAGUGGGAGCAUUUUCUUCUUGUCUCAUGAUGACCGCUUCAUGAUUAAGACACUCAGGAAGUCUGAAGUCAAGGUGCUUCUGAAAAUGCUUCCUGAUUACCAUCAUCACGUGAGAACAUAUGAAAACACGCUCAUAACAAAGUUCUUUGGGCUUCAUAGGAUCAAACCUUCAAGUGGUCAGAAGUUUCGUUUCGUCGUUAUGGGAAACAUGUUCUGCACGGAAUUGAGGAUCCAUCGUAGGUUUGAUCUGAAAGGUUCCUCACUAGGGCGAUCCACCGAGAAAAUAGAAAUAGAUGAGAACACUACUCUCAAGGAUUUGGAUCUGAACUACAGCUUCUAUUUGGAACCUACCUGGCGAGAAUCUCUACUAAAGCAGAUAGAGACAGACAGCAAAUUUUUGGAAGCUCAGCACAUCAUGGAUUAUAGCCUUCUAUUAGGUGUGCAUUAUAGAGCACCGCAGCACCUUCGACCCUUCACGUCACUACGGAAGAACGAAGGAUUAGGAGUUUUGGCCGAGGAAGAUACCAUCGAUGAUGAAACAUACCCACAAGGUCUAGUCCUCAUCCCUCGAGGAGAAGACGAUGGCAGCGUCGUUGUUGGUCCUCACAUCAGAGGCAGCCGACUGAGAGCCUCAUCUGCAGGUGAUGAGGAAGUUGAUCUCCUUCUUCCUGGAACUGCAAGGCUUCAGAUCCAGCUUGGGGUGAACUUGCCAGCGAGAGCGGAGCAGACUACAAAAGAUGAAGCAGGGGAAAAGAAGUUCAAUGGAACUUACGACGUUGUUCUUUACCUCGGCAUAAUCGACAUUCUCCAGGAGUACAACAUCAGUAAGAAGAUUGAGCACGCCUACAAAUCUUUCCAGUUCGAUUCGUUGUCUAUCUCAGCCGUGGAUCCAACAUUCUACUCCAGGCGCUUCCUGGAGUUCAUACAAAAGGCAUUUCCUCCAAAUGCUGUCGCCCUCUAAGAAGCCAUUCCCUCCAUCUUCCUUCCUUUCUUUCCCAGAAUUUUGUUUUGGGUCGAACUGAUUGGCUCAUUAGCGACCACUACGAAUCAUAAUCGUGCAAUGAGUCACAAUUGUUUAGACUUGUACAUUCCGAGCUUUGUACAAAAUGACUGAUCGAGCACUAUAUAUAUGCAUUAUAAUUUUAUCUAACACCUCACUCCUGCUGUUAGAAAUAGAGGUGAUCAUCGUGGUCAUUGACGAUGAUCAAUGGCAGAGAUACAACAGCCUCUUGGUAAAAAGUUUAAACCGCAAAUCGCAACAUUCAGACAUGAUGACUAACAGCUUUGAGGUAAAUUGUUUAACCAUGAAUUUACCAGCAACCAAAACAAGGGGUUUGUUCUGAAAAGAACCAAAGCAGAACAAAACUCGACACUUCGC